CCUACAAAUAAAUAAUGGUGCCGUAAACCCUGCAACAAAUACUGCAUCUGCUAAGAUGAAAAUGCUAAAUUUUUGGUUUAAUUUGCUUCUUUCAGAUUUAAUUGACAUCACCAUGACAGAACAACCGGCCCAGGACCCACCAUGGUCCUCUGCUGCAUCGGUGCAGAUGCCUGAUACUCUGCAUGUUGACCUGCCGCAUGCUGAUCCACUGGAAGCCCGUUUUACCAUCUGCAAAUGUUUGACAGACAUGACCACAGAGCAUUGUGCGGAAAUGGAAGACAGCUUGGUGUCCUGUGAGAUGAUCACUAUAAUGGCCAAUUCUUGCUUGGAUAUUAUCCAGACUUUUGCAGAGGCAAUCGUGGAUGUCGUGAUACCACAGGUCUACAGAUACAAGAGAAUCUACGGCACCUUUACCCCGUCCGUCCUCGGUCUAACUGAGGACCGAAUCCACACCUACCUGGGGGAUUCUGUUGAACAGGGGCUGUCUAAUGCCCUGCAGAUCAACCUAGAGAAUUGUUUGGAUGCAAAAGAGUUCUCUCUGAUGCUUUCGAGACACAUUUCAGAGACGGUCAACUCAGUCUUGGCUUUGACCACUCUGACUUCCACCCCAGAGUCCAGACUCCCCGUGUUGUUUGUCACCAGUUGCCUGAUUUCCAAUGAAGACUUUUCAGAACUGGUUCGUCACUUUGCCAACGUACUGGUAGGAGCCAGCAAACCUCUGCGACGAGCUCAACAGAAGACUGAAGAUCAGCAGAGCCAGACUGUAGAAUCGGAGCUCAUUGUAUUUCAUUUUAGUAGCGAAAGUGACUUAACGACAUUGGUGAAGACUUACAUCACUCGCAUGGUGAAAGUCCUAAAAAGCUCUCAAAUGCCACACCGUGAUGUGAACUCUAGUAACCGCAGAGAUGUCUGUGUUAGAGUUGGCACAAACACACUAAUUUUGACUGUGGAAGACAGGGAAUCAGAUAGACAAAGGUCUGCCAUGCCUUCCCAUUGGGGUUUUGAUGCCAUACCAGGUGCUGUGCCUGACAGCGACGUCACCAAGUCCAGUUCUGAGAGUCCUCCCUUCAGUUCAGUGACGGUAAUCGCCGCAACGGAGGACCGUUCUGCUCCUUUAGGUCCCAGUGGGAUUGAGUCUAUUGAGAUCAUAGCUGACGAACUGGUACAAGAAAUUGUGCAAGAAAAUUUUCCAGGGGCAAAGGAGACAGACACUGUUCAAAAACUAAGGGAACUCACAGACAGGAUCUUUGACGUGGUAAUGAGUGGACAUGACUACCAGAUUCCGUCAGUGCCAGCCGGAACGCGCAUGUGUGACACUGUGACCUAUAGAAGGCUGAGGGAAAAGGACGUCACUGACCCAGGCAUUGUGGCUCACACCCUUUACUUGAGGACAGAGGAGGUCGCUGCUCGUUGUGCUGUGCAGGUUCUCCUGUGGCUCCAACUGUAUUCGGAGCUGCCGCUACAUCCAGAUUCAGAUUGGUUUGCUUUCAAUGAACUGUCUGACAAUUCUGACGAAGAGGCUGAUUGGCGAUAUGCAGCGGGAGACUACAUGGGAGUUCACUCUUCACUUUAUAGUUAUGGCUCUUAUGCCACAUCAAUGCCACUCAUUGAUGUAAUCCCUGAUACACCGGAUCCAACGGCGACACAGUUGGAGCAAACUCUUGUGCACAAAUCCGUGAUGACUCUGGUGGUUGGGGAGAUACUCAAUGUCAUCGGUAUUAGAGAUGAAACAACACUUUGGGACUUUGUAAUGAAAGCGGCUGUAGACCUUCAAGAUGUGGACCCUGAGCUGUACAACUACUUCCAGGCCUUCUUCAUGGGUCGGCAUUACAGAGACAUGUGCACGGCUACCGUCAGCGAACUCCUGUCGGAUUUUGGCACACUGCAAAAGCUGCAGGAGGCGGUGAGAUCAGGGGAUCCCAGGUUUGAGGCGGCUCUAAUGAGAGCAGUGAGGAAACAGUGGGAAAUUAUCCCGCCUCACAGAAACACAGCCAAGAAGACAACCUGUGGUUUCUUCAAGAAAUUUAAAAAACUGUGCUGCAAAAAAAGGAGGUCUAGCGAGAUCCAGCAUGUCACUUCUCUGACCAGGGACCAGGACGGCAGCCAGUUUGAGGACCAUGUGACUAAUGAAGAACCUCUGAAAGACAAUACAGAGCACGGGCAGGGUCCAACCAUGAGCAAGAUGGCUGCUUUCGUCAGGCACAUGUGCAGAAGGACAACAAAGAUGUGUUGCUCCAUUGCUAAAGCACCGGGCAGACCAUUCGCCUGUUGCCUCCGCCCAGAGAGCCAGUGAGGCUUCGGGGCUGUGGGGACUUUGGAUCUAAUAAUAAUAAUAAUAAUAAUAAAUUGGACUUAUAUAGUGCCUUUCAA